AUCGAUAAUCUUAUUACACUCCUCAAGGAAUUAGAUAGCUGGAUCGAUGAUAUCAAGCCAAUUGAUACUCCUCAGCGAUACGGUAACAUAGCUUUCAGAGACUGGGGAAGUAGACUAGAACAGAAUGCAGACAGACUCAUUAAACGAUUUAAAGUGGAUGCAGAUACGAUCAAUCAGUUGAAACCAACUUUAUUGAACGCCUUUGGGUCAUUUGGAAGAAUAGAUUAUGGUACAGGUCAUGAAUUAUCUUUUAUCGUCAUUUUGUUAAUGUUGAAACAAAUGGGUUUAGUACAAUCUGAACAUUAUUACAAGUUGGUAUCAUCUGCUUUCGUGACUUACUUGAAACUUGUCACGCGUUUGCAACUAGCUUACAAGCUCGAACCUGCUGGUAGUCAUGGUGUUUGGGGAUUAGAUGACUAUUGUUUUAUGCCUUACAUAUUCGGUUCAUCGCAAUUAAAAGGUAGUGAUAGACAUCCUUCUCAACUCUUCCAGAAAGAUACUUUUCCCACACCCAAUGACAAUCUUUACGCUUUAGCUGUCACAAAUAUUGCGAAAUUCAAAUCUGGGCCGUGGCAUGAACAUUCACCGCAAAUAUAUACGAUCGCUCAUACUGUACCAAACUGGGCAAAGGUUAAUAAAGGAAUGCUGAAGAUGUUUGACGCCGAAGUUCUCAAGAAGAGAGUGGUUGUUCAACAUCUAUUGUUCAGCUCUUUGUUUCCAUUUGAAAGAGAUCCUUUAGCAGAAUUUGAAGAUUACGCACAACCCCAAGUAACUCGCUUGCCAUCUGCAAAUAAUACUGGCUUACCAUCCUCACGAUUACAAAGACCUACAACAACAUCUGACACGCUACUUCCUCCACUUUUACCCAGAAGUGAACGUAAAAAGCAAAAUCAAACGCUUUCUUCGUCUGGAUCAGCCGCUGCCAUCACAUCGCCAUUUGGGGUGUUGUCAAAACCAUCUUAG